CCGGCUGGGCGGGGCCGGGAGAAACGCCGCGAGGCUUCUCCGCCGUUCUCCGCCGUUCUCCGGCGCCCGCCAUGAAAUCUCGCUCGAGAUCUCGCGAGGUUUCGGCGCGCUCCCCCCGAGCACGAUGCCGCGCAGGAAUGUGAAAGGCGCGCGCCCGCCGCCAUUUUCUCUCUUUCUUGGCAGACAGCGGCAGCGGCCGGAGCGGCGCCGGGGCGGCCAUGGCGGACUAUUCCACGGUGCCCCCUCCUGCCGCGGGCGCGCCCGGGGGAGGCGGCGGCGGGGCUGGAGGAGUGAACGAUGCAUUUAAAGACGCGCUGCAGAGGGCUAGGCAGAUUGCAGCGAAAAUUGGAGGAGAUGCUGGCACAGCAAUGAAUUCAAACGACUACGGUUAUGGAGGGCAGAAAAGACCUCUUGAGGAUGGAGAUGGCUCUUGGACAAGUCCGAGCAGUACAACACACUGGGAGGGAAUGCCCUCUCCUUUUAAAGAUCAACCAGAUGCUAAGAAAGUUGCUCCCCAGAACGAUUCUUUUGGAAAUCAGCUGCCACCGAUGCAUCAGCAGCAAAGGUCUGUGAUGACAGAGGAAUACAAAGUUCCAGAUGGGAUGGUUGGAUUCAUAAUUGGCAGAGGUGGAGAGCAGAUCUCACGCAUACAGCAAGAGUCUGGCUGUAAAAUACAGAUUGCACCUGACAGUGGAGGCUUGCCUGAAAGAUCAUGUAUGCUAACUGGAACACCAGAGUCUGUUCAGUCAGCAAAAAGAUUACUUGAUCAGAUAGUUGAAAAGGGAAGACCUGCACCUGGAUUUCAUCAUGGUGAUGGACCGGGAAAUGCAGUCCAAGAAAUUAUGAUCCCAGCAAGUAAAGCAGGAUUAGUUAUUGGGAAAGGUGGAGAGACAAUUAAACAAUUACAGGAGCGGGCAGGUGUCAAAAUGGUCAUGAUUCAGGAUGGUCCACAGAACACUGGUGCAGACAAGCCCCUUAGGAUAACUGGAGACCCUUACAAAGUUCAGCAAGCCAAGGAAAUGGUGCUGGAGUUAAUUCGCGAUCAAGGUGGCUUUAGAGAGGUGCGCAACGAAUAUGGGUCAAGAAUAGGAGGAAAUGAAGGGAUAGACGUUCCAAUACCACGAUUUGCUGUAGGUAUUGUAAUUGGAAGAAAUGGAGAGAUGAUUAAAAAGAUUCAGAAUGAUGCUGGUGUUAGGAUCCAGUUUAAGCCAGAUGAUGGAACAACUCCAGAUAGAAUAGCCCAGAUCACAGGGCCUCCUGACAGAUGUCAGCAUGCCGCAGAAAUUAUUACAGAUCUCCUUCGCAGUGUUCAGGCUGGUAACCCUGGUGGACCAGGACCUGGUGGUCGAGGAAGGGGUAGAGGCCAAGGCAACUGGAACAUGGGGCCUCCUGGUGGAUUACAGGAGUUCAAUUUUAUUGUCCCUACUGGCAAAACUGGAUUAAUCAUUGGAAAAGGUGGUGAAACUAUUAAAAGUAUAAGCCAACAGUCUGGUGCUAGAAUAGAACUUCAGAGAAAUCCUCCACCUAAUGCGGAUCCAAACAUGAAGAUGUUUACUAUCCGUGGAACACCCCAGCAAAUAGAUUAUGCACGACAACUUAUAGAAGAAAAAAUUGGAGGUCCAGUGAAUCCAUUGGGUCCUCCUGUUCCCCAUGGUCCCCAUGGUGUUGUUCCUGGUCCGCAUGGACCUCCUGGGCCACCAGGUCCUGGUGCUCCCAUGGGACCAUAUAAUCCAGCUCCUUAUAACCCAGGCCCUCCUGGUCCUGCACCUCAUGGUCCUCCAGCUCCAUAUGCUCCACAGGGAUGGGGAAAUGCUUAUCCACACUGGCAGCCACCAAACCCACCAGACCCAGGUAAGCCAGGAACAGAUCCCAAUUCAGCAGCGUGGGCAGCUUAUUAUGCUCACUAUUAUCAGCAGCAAGCACAGCCACCACCUGCAGCCCCUCCUAGUGGACCAGCUACAACCCAAACUAAUGGACAAGGAGAUCAGCCAAACCCAGCACCAGCAGGGCAGGUUGACUAUACCAAGGCCUGGGAGGAGUACUACAAAAAAAUGGGUCAAGCUGUUCCUGCCCCUGCGGGGGCUCCUCCGGGCGGUCAGCCAGAUUACAGCGCGGCGUGGGCUGAGUACUACAGGCAGCAGGCAGCGUACUACGCUCAGACAAGUCCACAGGGAAUGCCACAGCAUCCUCCAGCACCACAGUGCCUUCCCAGACCUUCCACCUUAGGUUCUGCUGCAAAAAAGCAACAGACAUUUAAUCAUCACUGAAGAAAAGGAAUUGAGAUACUCUGAUGUCUUCACUAUAGCUUCUCUCCAGUGAACACUUACCUGCUAAGAGAAGCCUGUGGUUUGUAAACUGCAAUCAAGAACCCCUUUGAGAGGACAUCCCAGAGUAGUUUAUCUGUUAAUGGAGGAAGUGGACUGGGAGCUGUCCGAAUACUGAUAAUCCAGAUCUCUAUACUGUGAACAGCCCUGGGACUGGUAUGUAGGGUAGCCCAUUAAGGGAAUUAGAGAAAUCUUUUGUCUGAAAUUUGUAACUAAAAAAAUUAAAGAAUUGAAGGAAAUUAACUGCUGAAUUCUUAAGAAAAAUGUUUACUUCAAAUUUUGACAACCACUGGUCAGCAGGUACAGCUUCAUGUUAGAAAAUUUCUUUUAAUGUGGAGAAUUUAUAAAUUAUUUCAUAUUACUUGAUAAAUAAAUGCAUAAGCGUAAGGAAGAGAGAUGUGAACUUGAAUCUUCAGUUAGAACACUUAAGUGACUUCAUAAAGUUCACUCUCCUUCAGUUUCUUCACUCUUCUCCUUCACUACAAUCCCUUGCCCAACUCCCCAAAAAAAGAGAAAAAAGUUCAUUGUUGACAUAAUGGCAAGGUUAUUGGUGUGAAACAACAGUGAUCUACUGAAGGUGGAGAUGAAGAAGUGAACUACAAUUUGGGUAUCUGCCUGAACCUAGAACUCUCUCAGUAUGGACCAGUUGGGAAUUUGUGUGUUUCAGCAUUCUAGAAGUUCUGUGUUCUUGGUUUUGUUUGUUUCUUUAGAAUAUAAAUGUCUUGAAUGUUUUUGAAAUAUAAUUGAAAUAGUGAUCUAGAGCUGUUUUUCCAAGACUGUUAAUGAGUAACUAUACUCUGUUAAACCUAGAAAAUUUCUAUAAAUAAUAUUUUCCAAGUUUUUAUGCAAGAUUAAAGUCUCAUUUCUUGUUACUCUUCUUUGUAUGUGAAUUUUGUAUGUGAAUUAAGAAAGUCAUAGAGAUCAUGACUGUACAGGGGAAAAGUAUUCAAAUACAGAACUUUAAAAAUACAA